AUGCCGCUCAACGAGAAAGAAAGAAGACCUUCUCGUUCCGGCAAUCGCCUCGCCAACUUCUUCACCUCCCCCAAGGGUGCCAAAGACAAGGACCACCAGACUGCCCAGCAAGCCCUAUUGGCCAUGCAGCAGCAAAACAUUUCUUCGACCCAAAUCACUCCCUCGACCAUCUCGCUUCCUACAAUCUCCCUCUCGACCGCCACCGCUGGCGAGCCGGACACCAACGAACCUCCCACGACUCUCUUUUCGCCCCCCUCUGUGGUGGAGACGGAGAAGAAGAGACGCUUCGAUGCUCAGUUUGGCCCCCUCCUCCACCCAAGCCACCGAUACGUGAGCAAGUCCAACGAUGGCAUGCCGCUCGACCCGCCCAUCAUCGAUGAGCCGCCCUACUACUACGUCCUCACUACCUACAUCAGCUACCUGAUCCUCAUUCUCUUCGGCCAUGCUCGCGACUUCUUUGGCAAGCGCUUCGGCGACAAGAAGCACUACCAGGCCCUCAAGCCCCAGAAUGGAUACGCUCCUCUGAACGAGGACUUUGACAACUUUUACGUCCGCCGUCUGAAAAUGCGCAUUGACGACUGCUUCGCGCGUCCCAUCACCGGCGUUCCCGGCCGCUACAUUACCCUCAUGGAUCGCGAGUCUAGAGACUACAAUCGCACCUACAACUACACUGGCACCCACACCGAGACCUUGAACAUGAGCUCCUACAACUACCUUGGUUUUGCCCAAUCCGAAGGCCCUUGCGCCGAUGCUGUGGAGGAAUGCGUCAAGAGAUACUCCCUCAGCACCUGCAGUCCCCGUGCUGAUGUCGGCACCUCGGACUUGGCCCUCGAGGUUGAGAAGGAAAUCGCCGCCUUCGUUGGAAAGCCUGCAUCCAUGGUCUUCUCUAUGGGUUUCGUCACGAACGCCAGCUCCUUCCCCGCUCUUGUGUCCAAGGGCUGCCUCAUUCUCUCCGACGAAUUGAACCACGCUUCCAUCAGAGUCGGUGCUCGUCUUUCUGGUGCCGUCAUUUCUUCCUUCAAGCACAACGACGUUGUCGACCUCGAGCGCAAGCUUCGUGAGGCCAUCUCCCAGGGUCAGCCUCGCACUCACCGCCCGUGGAAGAAGAUCCUGGUCGCUGUUGAGGGCUUGUACUCUAUGGAGGGAACCAUGUGCGAUCUGCCUGGUAUCAUGGCUCUCAAGGACAAGUACAAGUUCUACCUCUUCAUCGAUGAGGCCCACAGCAUCGGCGCCGUGGGUCCCCGUGGUCGUGGAGUCUGUGACUACUUCGGCAUCGACCCCAGCCGUGUUGAUAUCCUCAUGGGCACCCUUACCAAGUCUUUUGGCGCCAACGGUGGAUACGUCGCUGCCGACAAGAGCAUCAUCGACAAGUUGCGUAGCUCCAACGCCGCGACCAUUUUGGGCGAGUCGCCUGCGCCUUCCGUCCUCAUGCAGAUUCUGGCCUCCCUCCGUCUGAUCACGGGCGAGCUCUGCCCCGGCCAGGGUGCGGAGCGCCUGGAGCGUAUUGCCUUCAACUCCCGCUACCUUCGUCUCGGUCUCAAGCGCCUGGGCCUCAUCGUCUACGGCCACGAUGACUCUCCCAUCAUUCCCGUCAUGCUCUACAACCCUGGCAAGAUGCCCGCCUUCAGCCACGAAAUGCUCAAGCGCAAGAUCUCUGUCGUCAUUGUCGGCUACCCCGCAACGCCUCUCAUCAGCUCGCGUGUCCGAUUCUGCGUCUCCUCCGCCCACAACAAGGAUGAUCUCGACAGGCUUCUCACGGCCGUUCACGAAGUCGCCGACAAGCUCCAGAUUAGAUUCUCCACUGGUAUUGCUGGCGGCCAAGAGCCUCUUCCUGAAGGUGUCACUCCUGAAACCGAGAAGGAGUGGCGCAAGGCUAACGGCUUGGAGGGUGUCUACAAGCCCCCCCGUUGGAAGCUCGAGGAUGUCAUGGCUCGCGGUGUCCAAGAUGCCAAGAUGCGCCUGCGGUAA